AUGACUGAUGUCCCCAUGAAGAGUGAAACCGAACCACUCGAGGGGUCGCAGAAUCAUUUGCACAGUCCAAGCGGAGGAUCACCAGCAGACAACCUCGUUGCUCCACAGUCAGACUGCGGCGGCAUGGCAAAAGACUGUGAAGACAUCCAGCGGCUGACUGGCCAUCAGGAACAUCCACAGGCCCGUCACGUUAAAGAAGAAGGGGGAGCUACGCAGCCCUCCCACUUUAAGAGCGAUGAAGAUGAUCCACACCUCCCCCACGUUAAAGAGGAAGAGGAGGAGUUUGAUGUCAGCCACUUGCCGCUGACUGUCGUCUUUGUCAAGAGUGAAGACGACAAAAACGAACUACCCGAACGGUCGCAGCUUCCUCGUCACAGUCCGAGUGGAAAAAAUUGUGGACGAGCGCCACCGGGCAACCUCUUAGCUCCUUUAUCAGACAGCGACGACAUGGACGAACCUUUAAAGAGCGACAAAGUCUGCGAAGAUGACGACAAACGGUUGGAAUGCUCUGAAAAGGAGACGAGUGUGAACGGGCAUAAAAGGCCUUUCAGCUGCUCGAUUUGUGGUAAAAGGUUUACCCGGAAGCCAAACAUGGUCGCACACGUGAGAAUUCAUACAGGAGAAAAACCCUUCAGCUGCUCAAUUUGUGCCAAAACAUUCACUCUAAAAAACGGCAUGUUAAAACACAUGAGAACCCACACGGGGGAGAAACCGUUUAGUUGCUCGGCGUGCAGCAAAACAUUCUUCUUUAAACAAAGCUUGAGAACGCACAUGAGCAAACACGUUGGAGGAAAACGCUUUAGUUGUUCAACUUGCGGUAAAACCUUCGCUCAAAAGAUCAGCAUGGAAUCGCACGCGAGAACACACUCCGGAGAAAAACCUUUUGUUGGCCUGUUGUGCGAUAAAACGUUCUCUCAAAGUCCACAUUUAGAAUCGCACAUGAGAACACACGAUGGGGAAAAAGCUCUCGUUUGCUCGUCGUGUGAUAAAACCUUCUAUCAAAGGGGACAUCUGGAAUCACACAUGAGGACGCACACGGGGGAAAAACCUUUUCUUUGCUCGUUGUGUGGUAAAACAUUUGCUCAAAAGGCGCAUCUAAGAUCGCACGCCAGGACACACGACGGCGAAAAACCCUUUGCUUGCUCAGUUUGCGGUUCGACGUUCUCCCGGAAGGAGAGCGUCAAAUCCCACAUGAUUAUCCACACGGGAGAGAAACCCUUCAGUUGCUCAUUGUGCGAGAAAACGUUCUUUUUUAAGCAAAACUGGAGAGCACACAUGAAAACGCACACGGAAGAAAAACCUUUUAGUUGCCCGUUCUGUAAUAAAACAUUCUAUCAAAAGGGACAUCUGGAAUCACACGUGAGAACUCACACGGGAGAAAAACCCUUCAGUUGUUCGAUUUGCGGCGGAAGCUACGCUCAUCGCAGCAGUUUGGCCGCACACAUGCAGACCCACGACUGAGGCGGGACAAAUGUUGGACAAGUCCCGUGGAAAUCACAACUGAAUUUGUAUUCUUGUAAAAACCUGCAAAU